AUGGAGCGUUAUGAGAUUUUGAAAGAUAUUGGGUCAGGUAACUUUGGUGUUGCUAAGCUAGUUAGGGAGAUAAAGACUGGUGAACUCUAUGCUGUUAAGUAUAUUGAAAGAUGCCAAAAGAUUGAUGCGCAUGUUCAGAGAGAGAUUAUGAACCACAGGUCAUUGAAGCAUCCCAACAUAAUUAGAUUCAAAGAGGUUCUGCUAACACCAACUCAUUUAGCCAUAGUCAUGGAAUAUGCAGCUGGUGGAGAACUUUUUGAGAGAAUAUGCAAUGCUGGCAGAUUCAGUGAAGAUGAGGCAAGAUAUUUCUUUCGACAGCUCAUAUCAGGAGUCAGCUACUGCCAUUCCAUGCAAAUCUGCCACAGAGAUCUUAAGAUGGAAAACACCCUCUUAGAUGGAAGCUCAGCGCCACGUCUUAAGAUAUGCGAUUUCGGCUAUUCGAAGUCUUCUGUGUUGCAUUCUCAACCCAAAUCUACAGUGGGAACACCAGCCUAUAUUGCACCAGAAGUCUUAUCGAGAAAGGCGUAUGAUGGGAAGACAGCAGAUGUUUGGUCUUGUGGGGUUACCUUGUAUGUGAUGCUGGUUGGGGCUUAUCCUUUUGAAGAUCCUGAAGAUCCAAGAAACUUCAGAAAAACAAUUCAGAGGAUUCUUAGUGUCCACUACUCGAUUCCAGACUACGUUCGAGUUUCCAAGGAGUGCAAACAUCUUCUAUCUCGGAUUUUUGUGGCUGAUCCUGAAAAGAGAAUUACCAUCCCAGAAAUUAAAAAGCACUCUUGGUUUCUGAAGAGCUUUCCUGUAGAAUUAAUGGAAGAAGAGGAUGGUAGCUUACAAAGUGAUGAUAAAAAUGAAGAAUCACAAAGUAUUGAAGAGAUAUUAGCUAUAAUCCAAGAGGCUAGGAAACCUGCAGAGGGGCACAAAAUAGGUGGACAUUUUUUCGGUGGGAGCAUGGAUCUUGACGAUAUGGAUGCUGAUACUGACAUAGAUGAUAUAGAGACAAGUGAUGAUUUUGUUUGUGCAUUGUAA